CUUGUGUUUUGAAUCAUUUGAAUUUCUAUUUUGUGGACAUAAAUGCGAUGGUUUCCUGUAUUAAAUUUGGUAUGAAAUGAUUGGAGACUAUAAUAUUAAUUAUGGAAUCGUCUGGGGACCUCUCCCAAAAUGAUAAUAGCCUUCUAAGUCCUCACUCACAAAAAACGCCCAAAACAACAUCAAGGAAAAGAAUCCCAGCAGAAAACAAGAAACAGCCAACUAGAAGAUCAAGAAAAUCAUCAGGACUAACAAAAAACCAUAAUAAAGGUACCAGAAAAGAUGAGCUGGCAUCCAGUGAUCUGGAUGCCAAGGGGUUCCCUCCGCCCGAGUCUCCGUACUUUGCAGCGGUAAUGGACAAUGGACUGAAGAAAAUGUGUUCCACAAUCAUAGAUGUGGAACGAGGAGGGAAUUCGUCUUACAAUGGAACUAACAGGUUUGAUCCAAUAGAUACAGAUUCCGUUGAUGACGACCCAGAUGCAAAGGAUCUACAAGUAAGUGAAGACAUUACUAUUACAAUCCCCUUUAUGUGUAACACACACCUAUAUAUGUAGCAUAUGCUGAGUCUGAACCAUUUCGCUGUCACUGUGCACGACAUGGAGAUUGGCAACCAUAAAAUA